GUCGAAACAUCACAACCCACCCAUUACCUUCGUCCGCCACACACCUCGACGCUGCCCCAAUGUGCCUUAUAAACGGACGAAAUUUCGCCAGCCCCUCGAUUCGGAGUCCUGAUACACCGCCUGCAUGGAAGAGACGUAUCAGCCCGAGGUCUGGUUUAUCACAGGAACGUCGUCGGGUCUCGGCGAAUGUCUCGUACGCUCCGUUCUGAGUCGCGGGGAUUGCGUUAUUGCGACGGUGCGGCAGCUCGAGAAGUUCAAGCUGAAGGAUGUGGAUCACACCCGACUGCAUGUCCUCGAACUCGAUGUGACGGAUACAGAGGAGAACAUCGCCCGAGUGGUGUCUGAAGGGACCGCCAAGUGGGGGAGAAUCGACAUCCUGGUUAACAAUGCGGGUAUCAUUCCGAAGGCUUUGACAGAGGAAGGGGGGUCAAAAGCCGGGAUGGAAACCUUCCAGACCAACUUCUUUGGUCAAGUCAAUGUGACGAAUGCGGUGUUGCCGUACAUGCGAGAACGCAGAUCUGGGACGAUAGUCAACAUAGGCAGUCGUUCAGCUUGGAUUGACAUACCGGCUUAUGCCUGGUACACCUCCUCGAAAGCGGCAUUGCACGCAUAUACUACGACCCUGGCGAAUGAAGUCGCUGGCUUCGGCAUCCGCGUCGUGCUUGCUAUACCAGGCGGGUUCAAAACGGCCAAUGUACUCGACGGACCAGACCUGACAAACAAAGCUCUGCCCGAGUAUGAUGAGUUGCGCUCGCGCGUGCGGGUAAGCACUCAACAAGCCUGGGACCAGUGGAAAGGCUCCGGCGAUCCCGCAAAGGCAAUGGAAUUCCUGGUGGACGUGCUCAAGGGAGAGGGCAGGGCGAAGGGUCGGAAGGCGCCGUUGUGGCUUGUCCUCGGACAGGGGACGUAUGACCGCGGCAGGGCAUAUUGCAAGAGUCUGACAGAGACGAUGGAUGCAUGGGAGGAUGUUGCGAAAGAUCUGGAUUGAAGCGAGGUAGUAUCCUACAUAGCACAGUAAGCCACUAAAUGUACGAGUUUGGUUCACGAAACUUUCGCACGUACCAGAGCACUACCUCCGCCAGACCAAUUGCUACACGCCGCCGUGUGGCCAUUGCUAUGGGCAUACAACGUAAGCGUCGAAGACGCAACUAGAACUUCGUUUCUCUGCAUUGACACAUUGACAGGAAUGGGCCUGCCUGACAUUAUCCAUGGAGCUGCCUAUGGGGGAACCUGAGCGCGCAUAGCUAAGUUCUACUUGCUUCACUGUCGAUGGACCAGUCAAAUUCAGUAGCCCUAGGGCCUAAGAUCAAGAGACCUCGAGGUGGCUCGCUAGUAGGGUUGAAUUAGUUCACAGCCUCGCAAGUUCUGUUGCGAUAAAAAGCUCAAGGAGGAGGACAGCG